CAACGCCAGCGAUCAAGGUCAUUUAUCCGAUGUUUAGGUUGCAAAUACCUAAACGGCCACUCCUGGCAGACGAUCUGUGGGAUAUCGCACUACGCUAGAAUCAAAAGCUUUCUCGAUAAGCGCUAAUGAUCUAUCCUGCUGGAAGUAUCGAACCAACCUGCUCUCAGCACUUGGCACUGGAAAAGAGGGACGCAUACGCUGGAUAGGCCCGGAAGAGAAGUGCAGCAACUGGUUAGCGUAAGGAGAUAGGCAUGAUCAGCGAUGACGAGUUGUUUGCAGAUUUGGAUCUGGACGACGAUGCGUGUCUGCAAGCUUUAGCCAAUGUUGAGCGUGAAUAUGGAAGCGUUGAUGGUAGGACAGUCAAGGAGUCGGAGAAAAAGAAUCCGUCAAGUGUACCAAAUGGCGACUUCACUGAUUCUGGAAAGCGCCAAAGGACACUGGGGCAAUUCGUUCGUAAACUGAACGCCAAUCAAAACGGAAUUGGUGCGGCGCAGACAGGGACCUCAGGAACUCGAUCAAACGAGACGAGUAGUGGGUCUCAUCAUCCUCAAACGUUGAGAACCUUCAGAGCUGCGCUUGCAGCUCCUGCUUCACCAUCAUCAGAAUCUGUGCCUAGCUUCCACCCAGUUGACCCGGAGGCCAUAAAGACAUGGAUUUAUCCGACCAAUGUUCCGGUUCGAGACUACCAAUUCAACAUCGUCAGUCGAUGCCUUCACGUAAAUACGCUGGUCUCUCUGCCGACUGGUCUUGGGAAGACAUUCAUUGCGGCUGUGGUCAUGUUUAAUUUCUUCCGCUGGUUUCCUGACGGAAAAAUCAUAUUCAUGGCCCCUACAAAGCCCUUAGUCGCUCAGCAAAUUGAAGCUUGCUACAAAAUUACAGGAAUUCCACAGGACGCAACUGAGGAACUGACGGGAACGACGUCACCCGAUGCUCGCCGCUUGAGUUGGAUUCAUAAGCGAGUCUUCUUUCUCACUCCUCAAGUUAUGCAAAACGACUUGAAUCGCGGAACAUGUCCUUCGCAAAAUGUGGUUCUCUUGGUUGUUGACGAAGCGCAUCGUGCGACCGGAAAUCACGCUUACUGCGAAGUCGUCCGUGAGCUGCGACUAAGGAACCAGCGCUUUCGAAUUUUGGCAUUGACAGCAACCCCCGGCUCAGACACCAAGACAGUGCAGCAAGUCGUUGGGAAUAUGUUAAUUGCAAGGAUUGAAAUUCGAACAGAGGACUCUCUCGACAUAAAGCCCUUCAUUUUUCAGCGUGCUCUCGAGCUCGUGACAGUUCCUCUUUCAGAUGCCAUCACAUCUCUUCAAACAACGUUGAACAAGGUGACGCAGGUCUUCAUCAACCGACUCUGCAAAGCCAAGGCUUUUUAUCGGAAUGACCCUCAAAACGUGGGCAGAUACGAGCUUCUCCUCGCUAGAGACCGGUGGCGACAGGAAUUGCGAAAUCAGCAAGGGACGCAGGGAGUAAUGACCCCAGGACGCGCUGCAUCGCUCGAAGGAGAUUUCGGGGUCGCCAUGACGCUGGCGGCCGCAAUGCAAUUCUUGGUGGUGCACGGGAUUCGCACAUGUUAUAGCCACCUUCACAGUUAUGUCGAAGAGGCUCAGAAGUCGGGGGCGCGCAUAUCAAGAUCCAGAGCAGAGCUUCUCAAGAAUCGCGAUUUUCUCGGACUGAUGAGUCGCAUAAAGCAAUUGAUGGGAUCUCCGACCUUUUCAAGUCACCCAAAACUUGACAGGCUUGUCUCCUUGGUUGUUCAGCAUUUUGUUGAACAUGCUGAGGAAACGCAAAGGCUUACCGAAGACGGACGCAGCACAGAGUGUCGAGAGACUCGCGUGAUGGUUUUUUCUCAGUUCCGAGAAAGUGUAGAGGAGAUUAAGGCAGCUUUGGAGCAGCAUAAGCCAAUGAUUCGUGUGAUGUCUUUCGUUGGCCAGUCGGCCGGUGGAAAGGGAACAAAGAAGGGAUUUUCUCAGAAAGAGCAGCUGCGGGUUCUAUCUGAAUUUCAAAAAGGCAACUAUAACGUCUUAGUGGCCACGAGCAUCGGAGAAGAAGGACUAGACAUUGGAGAGGUAGAUCUGAUUUUAUGCUAUGACGUUCAAAACUCGCCGAUCCGCAUGUUGCAACGAAUGGGACGUACAGGGAGAAAGCGUCAAGGGAAAGUCAUACUGCUUCUAACUGAAGGAAAGGAGGAGGACGCUCACCGUCGUUCUCAAGCCCAAUACAAAACCGUACAAAAGGCCAUUACUGACCAGCAAGGAAAAAAACUGCAGAUGUUUUCGGAAGAUCAGUGUCGUAUGUUGCCACCAGGAACGAAGCCAGUAUGCGUAAAGAUGCAGCUUGAUAUUGCUCAAUAUACUGCUAAAAAUGGCUCCAAGCGACCGAAGCGUGUCAGUGAUGCCACGCACGAGGCUGAGGACGCCGAAUGUGUCGGCCCAUUCUUGACAACAGAAGAGCAGAAAGAUUAUGACCGCCGCUAUCGUGUCUUGGAACAUGAAGCGCGGACGGUGGAUAUCGCACGUUACACGUACUGGCAAACCCAGGAGUUACCAGAGCUCAAGAUUCAACGCUCUCGACGAUGCCGAGCCUUCGUAUCGAGUGUCCAGCUCAUGGAACAACUUGCUCUAGAUGAAGAAGAAGGAAAACCCAGCACGUAUGCAGAACAAAUUGGCCAAUGGUUGGAUUUGGGAGACGUAAAUCAACAUGACGCCGGCGUCCGGCGAAUGCAGACCGUUGCAAAUCAACGAGAAACAGAUGACUGCGCUCAGUUCCAAGAACCUUUUCAUAGCGAAAAUCUCGAGAAGAUGGACGAUGUUCCAAUACUCCUUCCCAGUGCAACAGGAUCAAAGCCUCAGCGACCUAUCCUGGGUCUCUCAGAUAUACAUGACAUUUUAGAAAGUGAAUAUGAAAACCACGACGACCUUGACGACCUUUUGAUGCAAGAAAUCCCAAGCGCAGUGGAUACCGUUACCACUCGACAAGCGGUCACCCCGCGACUAGUAUCUACAGAGGGGCAAUCACUGCGUCCGCGUUGCAGACUACAAGCGAAGAAUAAACCCCUUUCGAUGUUAUCUCGCACACCGAAGCUGGUCGCCGGCAGCACCGCAGAGGAAGUGCCUAAAGCGAAUACUCCCGAAUUGUCCCAAAAUUUUGACCCUGUCGAAUACGAUGAUGACUGGAGUCACGAUGAGGCAUUUCUUGUGUAUGAAUCUCCUUGUCGGGCUACGGCGUGCGCGAAGGAUGAGCCGCUGGUUACAUCCAGUUUGCUUCGACAGCCAAUCACCGGCGAACGACCAACUGUAGCGAUUGGUGAUCCUACAGAGCUUGAGAAUCGUGAUUCUGAUGUCAUCCAAAACAUGGACGAAGCGGUCAAUGAGCUUGAUCCUGUUAGCCCUGCAGUCGAUGCGGAAUAUCACAUUGACAAUUCUUUUCUUGCUGAGCUCGACAAAAUGGAACUAGAUGAAAUUUGCUCGUCUCCCAAACCUCCUUGCCAAAAAAUCGUCUUCAAGGUCCCGGAAUCGAUUGCCGCAGUCAAAAUGCAAGCUAACCCUGAGCACGGUUCUCGGGGAGCGAAGUCCCCAUCCUCCCCGAAAAACGAUGGCAUGGCCUUAUCCCAGUCUCCCAUGCUGGCUGGUAAAAUGAGAUCCAAAUUCCGUAUUGAUGAUUCCCCUUCAUCACAAUUGCCCGUCCUAUGCGAGCAAGUGAACGGACCAGGUUCUCCGGACGCUGGAGCAACACAGUUGGCUACGCAAAGAUCGGGCCGAGCGAUGAAAAGGCUGCGCAGGGUUAAGUCUUUAUCCAGGCACACUCCAUUAGGAUCAUUAAGCAGAUUACGAGGUAGUCAGUCGAUACGGAAAGGCCAUUUGAGAGUAGCUGGUCUAAUGAAGAAGUUGAAUCAAAAGAAAUUGCCAAGAGGGCCACCAAUGGAACGUGGAAGACAAGUCGUUGAGAACAUGAAUAGCAGACAACGCCAGCAGGAAGGAAUUCGUAUACCCCGGAAACAGCAGCCCAAACCUUCAGGAGAGGAAAAUCCCUUUCUCGACCAUGAAGUGGAGGUUUCCGCUGAUGAAGCAGAUGAAUCUGAGGAUGAGGAUCCAGGGGAGGAGGAUUGGGACCAAGAUUUGAGUGGGUUUGUUGUAACGGACACACAAACUCCAUCACAUGUGGCCGUUUCGUCGUCUAAUGUGUCGUUCGAUGUUGAAGAGUCACCAUCCGAUAAAAUGGCAUUUUAUCAAAGAUCUCUGUUGAGUCCGGCGAUGGGAGGAUUUGGCACCCGGAAGGCGGGUGGCUACAAAUUUGCUUGGGGCAGGGUGACACCCGGGAAAAGGAGGUUUGGCGACACACCCGAGCGUGUGAGGGAAAGUGAGCUAAGCGAAGACGAGGACACUACAUUAAGUGGAUUCAUUGUCUCCGACGAUGAUCUGGAAGAGGAGGAUAUCAGUCAGCCGGACGACGGAGCUAAUUCUGCAAACUCUAGCCAAAAUGACACCGGUUUUGUACGACUAUUAAAACGAACGGUGAUCGAGGAUGAUUCAGAGGUGGACAUUGAGUCUCCAUCCAAGAAGAUACGCAUAGAAGGAUCGGAGCAGCAUGACGAAGUCCGCUUAAAUCUACCCCAAGAAAGAGUUACCAAACCCCUAGCGGCUGGCCCUGUGGCCCAUCAAACAGGAGGUGUACUUAGUGACAACAGUAAACAACCCCUGCAAAGUCUGCCUGUGGGCAUUUCCGGGAAUAUUGGUAGCGGUGACAUUUCACAUGAGCGAUCUUCACUACAGUGCAUUAAGCCGUGGCAGAAGUCAGUUAAUGUUGUAAAGCUAUCUUCCGGCCAAUCAAACACGGUGCGAAUAAGUACGGUACCAUCGAGACAACAAGAGCCGAUAGCAGAAUGCAAAGUUGAGCUAGAUGGUUUAGCACGGGCCGCAGUGGAAGACGCCAUGCAAAUUGACUGGGAUGAUGAUGAUUGGGAGGAUACCGACCUUCAGAAUGACAAUAUACCAGUACAUCCUGGCCAACUAGAGAUAGCAGAGACAGCCGCCUGUUCUUUUCUCGACCCCUCCAGAUUGAACCUCAACGGCAAAUCCGAAAUGCCAUCAUCCGAGACAGCCGAACAGAUCGCUUACAGCCCUUUCAAGAUGCAAGGUCCCUCACCCCUGAAAGAUAUUGGCGCCUUAUCCAAGAAGCAGAGGGAACUGUUGUUUAUACAUGAGAGUCCAACUGCGCACAUAGAGAAAGUUCAGCAACAUUCUGGGAACAAACUAGUUAUCCUCGUAGACACACGUGAAAUGAGGUCCUCGAUAUGCUCCCUUUUGAGGAACAAAUUCAAGUUGAGAACAGAAAUCCGACAGUUGGCCUUUGGAGACUAUGUUGUCAGCAACCGUGUUGCAGUAGAGCGCAAGACGAAAACAGAUCUGUUAAACAGUGUCUAUAAUAAGCGGGUUUUUGAGCAGAUUGAAAACCUCAAAUCCAUGUGCGAGAAGCCUAUCUUGAUUGUGGAACAAGAGGCAAGCGAAGGACAGCAGAGCAUGGCGGCAACUACGCAGUUCGAAGGCAUUAUAGCGUCCUUGAUCAGAAUGCAGAUAACAGUUCUGUUCAGUGACUCCGCUGAGGAAACGGCCCAGCUACUCUACAACUUUGCGAUGGCGGAGGCGGAAGAGGGUGCACGUAUAGACGUCCCAGAUUUACUUCCAGACAAGAAGAAUCAGUUUUUGCAAUUUCUCCUGUCCAUUCCGGGUAUCAGCGACGUGACGGCCAUGGCCAUCAUGAAUACUCGAGUAAAGUCCGUAAGGGAAUUUGUAAAUUGUGAUAUCGAUGACAUAAUAAAAAAGAUCCCUGGUAUGGGCAGCAGCCGAGCUCGAACUAUACACAAGUACCUGCGGACCAAGUAUCGCGACAAUGAAGUAGGGGAUUCUGGGCCAGUGUAGUUAGGUGUUUGCUUCCAUUUGUACAUGUUUAAUUUAUAUAUCAGCAUCCAGCCUCUGAGUAAUCAAAAUCCAUCUUCGCUACA